ACGAGGCUAUCCGACUUCCUAUCCGGGCCGUACUGUACUCGAAGGUUCCUUCGUCGCAUCCUGGUCAUCGAAAAUUCGACAUCUAUCACUUUGAAGGCUGUAGUCACCCACCCAUCACCAUGCAUUUCUCUAUCAUAACGCCUGACCUUAUCCAUACCUAGAUAGCGACGACGUCAGUUAUGCUGUGCAACCGUCGCAGCAGCGGGAGUUGGAGAUGGCUACGCCGCGACAUCAAGCGCAGUGUGGAGCUGGAGCGGCGUGAGCGUAUGGAAGAUGCAUCAUAUGGCGUUCUAGUGUGCGUAUCCCGCGCUUGUGUUGGUGCCCACGGGCGACAUGGCCGGGGGAGACGCAGGGUGUGCAACAGGGCGAAGUAUAGUGAGUGGCUGAGGAUCAGAUGUAAAGCAGAGGUGCUAUCGUUCGUCGUCUCGUUCGGCACAGCUCGAGCGUUUUGAGAGCGAGUUUGCCCGUGGGAAAUCAAAC